AAAAUGAGAGGUUUAGCAAGCAACAGGAAAACCGCAAUGAGAACACAUUCCAGGCAGAGCAGACCCUGUACGGGACAAUAAGGGGUGGGACAAAACUGUAUACUAUUUUAAAAAAAUCUACAAUCUUGUCUUUAGAUCAGGAACACAGACAACAACAAAGAACUUUGUUUCUCAAUGGGACAGGACUUACAGAGAGUCGUCGUUUGUCCCAAACCGACGGCGGCAGUUCGUGUUGUCGGUUAUCAGCGCAGAUUUGGACCGAGAUGAGAUAAUAAGCUACAGUUCGCUGUUUGACGUCCUGCUAGGACACAGCUGCCAGUUCCUUCUUCAUUCCUCAAUUCUUCCAGAUUUUUCAAAACUCACUUGUUGUUAAACGAGUUUUAACUUCAUUUUUUUUGGAGCAAGGAGGAAAAACUGCGGACGACUUUUUUUUUUUUUUUUCAAACUGUGGGGUUGGUCGCAGCAGAAAAGGAUGUGAACUCUCUCUCUCUCUCUCUCUGGAUAAUACAUCUGCAGUUGAGCCGUUUAAACGAAAAGUAAAAGUCCAAAACUCCACUCAUGACAUGGAGCCAGUUGUAUUUUAAACUCUUAUUUGAAAUACGUUGGCCACGGAGGGACAUUUGAAGCUGACUUUGAUAUGGGAGACGUGCGGCGUUUGCAUCUGAUAAGUUAAAAGAGGCGAGCAGAAAACAGAGAUGGGAAGCUCUGCCCUGCUGACAGUGGUGCUAGUUGGAGUGUUUCUGUGGAUCUCUGCCAUCCAAGCAGACACCGAGGAUGAUGGGAAGCUGCUGUGUACAUGUGAGAAUCUAAAAGGCACAUGCGUAAAUGGAACAUGCAGAGGAGACAUCUGUUUCUUCACCUGGGUGCGCAGCGUUGAGGAGAAAGGCUGUUUCUCCGCAGCAAACUACAGGGAACAGUGCUACACCUCCUUUAAAGGCUUCUUUGUUCACUGCUGCAAGGAGAACCACUGCAACGCCCUCAUCACACCACCUCCAGAUAUUAAUGGAGAUCCAACAACAGCGCCCCCAAAUUUCCCCCGUCCAGAGCUGUGGAUCACUGUGUCUUUGCUGCUGUUAAUUAUCCUUGCCUGUGUGUGUGGCCUGGUGUUUUUCCGGCGCUUUCAACGCACGCGCUGCAGGCUGAAUAAUGCAGAAGACCAUGAUGUUACCAUGCUGAAGGUCCCUAAUGGAGAUGAUCCCACAUAUGGCGAUAUCUUUGAUGAGUUUUGUACAUCAGGGAGUGGGACAGGGCUGCCCUAUCUGGUCCAAAGGACCAUGGCCAGACAAAUCUCCCUUGUUGAGUGUGUCGGUAAAGGCAGGUACGGGGAGGUGUGGAGGGGGACUUGGAUGGGAGAAAGUGUGGCUGUGAAGAUCUUCUCCUCUAGGGACGAGCAGUCCUGGUUCAGAGAAACAGAGAUUUACAAUACUGUACAGCUGCGACACGACAACAUACUGGGUUUCAUAGCCUCUGACAUGACAUCCAAGAAUUCCAGCACCCAGCUGUGGCUCGUCACUCACUUUCAUGAGCUGGGUUCACUCUACGACUUCCUGCAGUACAGCAGCUUGGAGCCAGAGAGCUGCCUGAGGAUGUGCCUGUCUGUGGCCUGUGGCCUGGUCCACCUCCACACUGAGAUUGUCAGCUCCCAAGAAAAGCCAGCUAUCGCCCACCGAGACCUGAAAAGCCGAAACAUCCUGGUGAAGCGGAACGGACAGUGCUGCAUUGCUGAUCUAGGUUUGGCUGUGAUACACUCUCAGUCCCAUGACUACCUCGAUGUGGGCAAUAACCCUCGUGUGGGUACCAAGCGCUACAUGGCCCCCGAGGUGCUGGAUGAGACUAUACGUAUGGACAUCUUUGAGUCUUACAAGCAAACUGACAUCUGGGCCAUGGGCCUGGUCUUCUGGGAAAUUACCCGCAGGACCAUUGUCAAUGGGAUCGUGGAAGAGUAUCGUCCUCCUUUCUUUGACCUGGUGCCCUCAGAUCCCAGCUUUGAGGAGAUGAAGAAAGUGGUGUGUGUGGACCAGCAGAGGCCCAGUCUGCACAACAGGCUCCAUUCCCACCCAAUCCUCUCUGCCAUUGUGAAGAUCAUGAAGGAGUGUUGGUACCAGAGCCCGCCGGCCCGCCUCACAGCCCUGCGGGUUAGGAAGACGCUCUCCAAACUGGACCACGACAGUGACUUCAGCAUUGAGAAACUCAAGCAGGACAUCUAGGCCCGAGCAUGGGGGAUGAAACAGGGACACAAGAUUGAAAACACUUUGGGGGAUUUUGCACCACAUUCUGAGCAGCACGAGGUGCAUAUCAUUAGCAUAUUUUGAGCUAAUGACUCACACAGUCACUGCAUUACAUUAAAACCAUAUGACUUUGAACAGUAGUGUCUAGACUGUCUCACACCGAGGGCUAUGUGGUUUUUUUUUUUUUUUCGUAGCCUAAUUUUCAACCACCAGAUUUCUGGUGCCUUAAGCCAAAAGUCCCCCAAAAGAAACCUAUUAGGACCAAAAAUUUUAUCAGGGUAUUUUGCUUUUAUAUUCUGUUACUGGUAAUAGAUCAGAUACACUCCAGCAGAGAAGUGAACAAAGAAUUAUCACCAUGGAAUUCAUAAAAUUCUAUUUUCUACACUUUAUUUCUCCUUUCACUAUUCCCCUUCAUUAUGACAGAAUGGAAAACCUUGCAUAGCACAAUUACUAAUCCUCUUAUCAAGAGGAUGAUCUCUGCUAUGCAUUAAAAUUAUACAUAUGGGUUUUUCCAUGAUGGCCAAAGCCACAGGAGAAAACCACAGAGAGUGUGAUGGUCUCAGCUGUCUUUACUAUAAAAUACAGGAAAUAUUAUUACCAUCAUGUUCAUACCAAAGCACAUUACCUGCUCUGUAAGCAUAUCUAACUUAUAUAAAAUGAGCAUUUACUAUCUGCACCUAGACACACUGAGAUAUUUAGUUGUACAUAUUUCAACAGCACUGAAGCUGUUGUCUUCUAUCACUGUUUAUUGUAAAUAUAUUUGAAAAGGGGGUAUUAUUUUCUAUUAUUCUACAAUGAAACACGUUUUAUAUCCUUUUGUACAACAUAAUGUUUCAAAUGUUUCAAAUUAUUUUUUUUACAUCUCUGUAGGCCAACAUGUACCACACAGUCACUAUGGUGAGUAAAGGAAUUCACAAGCAGACAUGUAAUAUUGUAUAUGUUGAAUAAAGGAUUGUAUUUUUCAAACA